AUGGUCUGCCUUAGAUAUAGUCCAGAUUCAACAAUCCUCAAAGGCACAGCCCGCGUUACCGGCACAACCAAAAUCAGGGGAAAAGGGACCGAGGUCACCAGCGUCUCGCAGCCAGGGAUGAUCAGGACCGUGGAAGUAGUGGUGUGGAGGCUUGCCGCGAUUAGGGAUGGCCAGGGUUAA